AUGAACCGGCUGGUGUGGUUCGUGACGUGCACUGCCUUCGUUGCUGCUGCGGAUACGACUGCGGACACGAAGCCGAAAGGACCAAAAGUCACAGAUAAGGUCUGGUUUGACAUCGAAUCAAAUGGCCAGCAAAUGGGUAGAAUUGUGAUUGGCUUGUUUGGCAAGACGGUACCGAAAACUGCAAAGAACUUCAUUGAACUGGCUAAAAAGCCAAAGCUGUGA